AUGGCCGAGACCAACGGUAACGGCUCCCCGAGUAGUGUGACUACGCCACUGAUGCUCCACGGGCGCGUGGCGAUCGUGACAGGCGGCGCUGGCUGCAUCGGCUCGGUCGUGUCGAAGCACCUCGCAUCCCUAGGCGCGCGCGUGGCGAUCGGCUACGUCGGGGACCCGAAGCCGGCGAAGGAGCUCGUGGGCGGCAUCAACGCCGCGCACGGCGGCGGUCGGGCCAUCGCAGUGAAGGCCGACGUGUCGGACGCAGCGCAGGUCAGGGCGCUGUUCGACGCGGCGGCGGCGGCGUUCGGCGGGAAGCUCCAUGUCUUGGUGACAAUGGCAGCGGUGCUAGACUGCUCGAACCCGAUGCUGGCGGAUAUGAGCGAGGCGUCCUACGACGCCACGUUCGGCAUCAACGCGCGGGGCACUUUCCUGUGCUGCCGGGAGGCGGCGAACCGGCUGGCGCGCGACGGGCGUGGCCGCAUCGUCACGUUCUCGUCGUCGGCGGUCGGGUCACUGCGGCCCGGGUUCACGGCGUACGCUGCCAGCAAGGCGGCGGUGGAGGCGAUGACGAGGAUCCUGGCGCGGGAGCUGCGCGGCACGGGGAUCACCGCCAACGCGGUGGCGCCGGGGCCCACGGCCUCGCCCUUGUUCUACAACGGCAAGACGCCUGAGGAGGCUGAACGGUACAUCGCCGAGGCGCCACUGGGGCGUAUCGGGUUGCCGGGGGACAUCGCACCGCUCGUGGGCUUCCUCGCCAGCGACGCCGGCGGAUGGGUCAACGCCCAGGUCCUGCGCUGCAACGGGGGCUCCAUCUAGCCUCCGGACUGGAAUAAUGCGCACGAACGUAGUGCUACUUUUUUUUUUUUUGACAGAGGGAUUGGCCCGUUGCAAUCAGUCAUUGAUUUUUUCUUGGACAUCA